CUCUACUCAGUUUACUAAUUCUAGAAAGCAAUUCUUUGAGAUAAAAAUUAUACUAAAAACAGCUUUGAAAUGGGAGGCACCAUCACUCUAGGCAACCCGGCUUCUCAUGAUCACACUCACAAAAUCUUCUUCUUUUCGAACUACAUGUUAAUGGGUGCAGCCUCUAGUUGCAUUUUCUUAACCCUUUCGCUCCGUCUGCUGCCGUCCGUAUGCGGCUUCUUCCUCAUUCUCCUCCACAUUCUUACCAUAGCCGGAGCUGUUUCCGGAUGUACCGCUGCUUCCUCCGGGGCCACGACAUGGUAUGCCGCCCACAUGGUUACGACUGUGCUCACUGCCAUUUUUCAAGGCUCGGUCUCUGUCUUGAUCUUUACGAGGACCCCCGAUUUUCUAGGGCAGCUCAAGUCGUAUGUUAGGGAAGACGACGGGGAGGUGAUUUUGAAGCUAGCGGGCGGGUUGUGCGUGUUGAUAUUCUGCCUCGAAUGGGUGGUGCUUACUCUUGCAUUUUGCUUCAAUUAUAAUGACUAUGUAGAGGGUGAUGCUAAUAUUGGUGUGAGGAAGAGUGUUGAAGUGCAGCAACAAGAGGAACUCAAGGAUUGGCCAUGGCCUUUCCAAGUUUGAAUUGAUUUUUUUUUGUAUGGAAUGUUUUAAUUCUUUAAUUCAAAUGCUAGAGUAUAUAUAAUAUAUUGUUAUUUAACUCUAUAUAUACUAAUUCCAGUUUUAAGAUUUUUAGUGAGCUUAAAGUAAUAAAGAAAUCGACAGUUUUAUA